AAAGAUAAAAAUAACAAAAAUGAUCACGUUAAGCUAAAACAUGGCCAAGAGAACAGUAACAAUUUCAAGUGAUCAACGGUAACGGCCCUCGUUCACCGGAAGCCCAAAGGUUAGGGCACGGGAGCCCCAACACCACACCGAGCCAAACCCCGCACACGUGCCGGUCACUAGUACCCCGCCCCGUUCCAAAUCCCCCGCACCCCAAGCCGCCAAAUACACCGCCCUCUCCUCCUCCUCCUCCUCCUCUUUCCUCCCUCCCUUCUGCUCGUCUUCUCUCUCUUUCUCUCCCAUUGCUUUGAACCAGAAAAGAAAAAUAAAGAAAAAGAAGGAAAAAAAAAAGAGAAGAGAAAAGAUAAAAAAGAAAAAAUAAGAAUAAUUAAUAAAAAAAAAAAGAUGGCAUAAAAGAAAAGGAGGGAAGAGUAUUUGAGAAGGCUCCGGUGAAGCCUCCUCUGGUUUCUUUUGCAAGAUGGUGGAUCUGAUCUUCGUCUCCUCCUCCGAUGGUUGCUGAAUGAGGGACGGGUUGAAUUUCUCAAUCAGUUCUCUUCAACAUCUGCACCACACUUAAGAUGAACCCUGGUACAAAUAGAACCAUAAGAAGGUCACAAAAGCUGGAUCAUAUUCAGAGGGAUGGGCCAAAUUGGGUUCUUAUUGCAGGCAGUGCAGUUUUAAGCGCCCUGUCAAUCAGGAUUGGAUGCAAGCUGAAACAGGCCUUUGAAACUAAGCGAGCCAAUACUCCUGACUUCACAACGAAAGCUAAGAGAAGGCCAGCAACAUGCCGUUUGCAUUCAAAUUUAUAUUGCUUUACUCAAGUUGAUGACAAUUGUUGCCAUUGUCUUGCAGGCCUUGCUGAUGCUUCAGGAGAUAUCAAGCAGCAAUCCAACAACCCAAUUUCAAAAGAAACUGAUUUGUCCCUUCCCUUGGUGAAGAUCUCAACUGCAGAAUCAAACACUCAAAACAGCAGUGUGAUGUGGGCCUCAUCACCAGAUCGUCUUGAACUGCCCCAGAAGCCUUUUCACCAUUCGAACAGCUCUGAGUCUCCUUGUGUUUCUGAAUCCGGAUCAGACAUCUACAGCAAACGAGAGGUAAUUCAGAAACUGCGGCAACAGCUUAAAAGAAGGGAUGAGAUGAUUAUGGAGAUGCAGGCCCAGAUUGUAGACCUACAAAAUUCUCUUACUGUUCAAAUGGCCCAAUCUGUAAAUCUUCAAUCUCAGCUCGAUUCUGCAAACCGAGACUUGUUCGACUCUGAGAGAGAAAUACAACGUCUGAGGAAAGCCAUUGCAGAUCAUUGUGUAGCAGAGGCAGGCUCCCCCGAAAGAUCUACUACCAUCAGAAACUGGCGACCAGAACCCAUAAACGGGCAUGCCAACGGUUAUCACGACACCGGAAGUGAUUUAGAUCUUACCUAUGCUGGCGCUGGGAAAUCCAGAGGAGACAGUGAGAGGGUUGAGAUGUUGAAGAGAGAAGUAGGUGAGCUGAAAGAAGUGAUUGAAGGGAAAGAAUUUUUGCUUCAGAGCUACAAGGAGGAGAAAGUUGAGCUAUGCUCAAAACUUAAAGAUUUGCAGUUGAGACUGGCCCCUCAACAAGUGCCAAAUAUUUUGUAAUACGUUGGUUGUUGUCAUGUUAUUGCUGUUGAUUCUUGUUUGGGUCUUUUAGUGCUCAGUUUUCCUUAACAUUAUUUGCGCUAGGACUUAAUAUUUUUCAAUGUUUUUGUAUAGUUAUUGAUUA